UUGGCGGGCAUGGUGUGCGGCCCGUGGCCACCACAAAAUGAGCCAAAUACUUACCCGAAGGCGGUCCAGACAGCUAAACUGUUCUUCAGAUGUAACGAGCGGUGUUGGCAGUGUGUGUGAAACAAGUGUCAAGGUUGGAGAAGGCAAUGGAUCAGACCUUUUUAUAUCUGAUGAUGAUGAUGUAGUUGACCGUGAUUAUGUCCAGCCUGCACACAUGAGCAGCAGUGAUGAUGAAUCCCUGCCAACAAGAAAGGAACAGCGCAAGAAGCACAAAGCCAUGUCUUUACUGCAGCCUUGUGUUUCCCGCCUCUCAGACCCUGAAUUGAGUGAUGGGACUGGAAGAACUCCUGCCUGUGGCUCCAGAGUGUUUGCCGUGACCAGGAUAGCUCUGGAAAGUGACUCAUCAUACCAUACACAAGUGAAGAAGCAGAGGAAAUCCUACAACUCAAAGGACAAGAAAGACUUCAGGUGGUCGUUGGAGCUGCUUCACACUGCCGUUUGUGAGCACCGGUGGGAGGACGCCUUCAGCCUCCUGCCGUGUGUCAUCACCCAUACAGUACCACAUCUUCCCCUGGAGUUCCUGUGGCGGAUGACAGAUGUCAUUACCAGAAACAUCCCUAGUCUAUCCAUUGAGGACAGAAAAAAAUUCAGGUCUAUUCUUCAUGGUAUGAAAUUAAGAACAUCAAUGUUUCUGGACAUUUUAUCACAAGAUCUUGCAGAAGCAACAGACAAAGAUGUUGAUGAACUGUUGCAGAUGAUAGAGGACAUCCAGAACCAGAGGCUGCCUCCAGCAAUGGGGAUUACGAUCAAGACAAGCAAACGCUUCAAGGCCCUGUCUGAUGGCUACGUUGGUCUGGUGCACUACUACUGCUGGAAGAGCUCCUUGCUGAAUGCUAUGUCAUCCUCCCAGCCACUGGACGAUGAUUCCUGGUCUGUGAGCUUUAGUGAAAGUCAAGGAACAACAAACACCAGCAAGAAAGAGAUAGUCAGAAAGGCUCACUCCUUCCUGAAGAAAGCUCUCAGUGGCCUUAGUGAACCUUGUGACUGGUUCAUGCUGCAAUACCUGGAGCUGGAGCAGGAGCUGAAUGGGCAGGAGUCUGCUAUCAAUGCAUUGGAGCGGUACAAGAGUGACCCUCGCCGUGCCCCAGCACAUCACCUUGCCUACCAUUUCUACAAGAACCUGGUGUCAGGAUCAGUCGUAGAGCAACUAAUAGAGUUAGAGUGCAUCAGCAAAGCAUGUUCCGAUGAUCCCCUGGUGCUGGAGCAAGUGAACCUCUAUCUUCACAGUUUGGAUCAUGGUGGGCCGACACUGGAGAGGGCCAUGAUGUGGAUGAGGAGUGCUGAGAGUGACAGUGGCCAGGAAAGCAAUGAUGACUGUCUUCCAGGCCAAAUAAAUACUUCCUGCACACUGAGGAAAACUGGGAAGGUGGAGGUGCUGAUGAGGUGCCUGAUGCUGCUUGUGGGAAUGCUGGACUACCCAUGCCACACUUGGAACUUGAAGCCAUGGCAGAAGCUGACGCAAGUGUUGACCAAGUUUUACCAAGCCUGGGUGAAGUGUUGGUUCUGCUUGGCCUGCAAAAAGACCAGGAAGCGGAUGCACAGACUGGCACAGACAGUGGUGCCUCUGUGGAAACAUUUUGUGUGGAAGGAGCCUCCAGCGACCCUGUCCCUGGAGCAAGCCAAGGUCCUCUUCCAUCAUGUGUUUGCUGCUUUCAUAUUUAACUACAGUGAUGAGUACGUGAGUCUAUCCAUGUCUGCCCUAGUGAAGAAUGGCCACUUGCUGCUGAAGAAAGAGCUGAUGAGUCUUAUGAAGUUCCCGGGAGCUUUCCAGAGGCACUUUAGCUUGCUCGCCAAGGAACACAGGAAGAGAGUGGAAGGCAUCUCACUAAGAUCUCUGAGCCAAACUGCAUGCCAAAAUAAGAAAGCCAUCCAGCAGAAUCAGAAGAGAACACAGGACACAUCUGAGGCUGCAACCAUUAUUUCUUCUCAUGACCUCAACCAGGAGACACACAGAGAAGGACCACGUGACUCAGGGUCUGAGUGUGAGGAUGAGGUUUUACAACUUACACCAUUUAAGGAUUCCUGUAAGUUGCAAUAUUUUGAAUCAAGAGACUGGACUCUCACCAAGAUUUCUGAGAAACAUUUUUGAUACAUCGUUGGAAGGGAAUUAUAUCACCAGCACUCAAACCAAGGAUGAGAAAUGCAGAGACCAGAAAAAACUUGUAGAGGAUCCUGAAUUGAAUGGCACUUACAUAACUUAUCAGGAAACUGACAAGGAAAAUAACAAAUGUACCUCAGCAUCUGAUGCUGCAAAGAUUAACGAUGAUCAUUCUUCUCAGAGCAAAAUAGAAACUGCAAAAGGUUUCCCAAUAUCACAUCAACAAGGAAAGAUUUUGGUGACCAUACUGAAUCUAAUGAUAAAGUAAAUGGAAAGCAGGACUCUAUUGAAAAUAUGAAAUAUUCUAAAAGUACUUCUAUAAAAGCUAAAUCAAAAAAACAAAACUUCCUCAGAGUGAAGAAUCAGUGCCCCAAUCUCCUGCUGUAUGCAUGAGAACCAGGUUAAGCACUAAUGCAUUCUAUCAGUCUUAUGAUAAAGGCAACAAAACAGUGGUGGAUGCAGAUCAAAAUUGCUUGCCAGAAGAAGACACUGGUACUGUCUCUUGCUUGACACACAAACUUGGCAGUGACAGAAGUGUUAGUGACAAUAGACAGUGUGUUGAUUGUCAAAAGGAAACACCCCAUGAAGUCCAAGGAACAGAACAUGGUUUACUACAACUAGAGGGGCAAAAAGAACAUGGUAGUUGUGAUGAAGCAGAGAGUACUUGUUUGAAAAAUCCUGAGAAGAAAAGAUUGCUCUUUGAUAAAACCUUGAGCACAAAUACUAAGGUGACAAGGCAUGAUGUGAAUGUUACUUUGGAGACAAGUGUGGGAAAUACUGAAGACAAAAAUGAAUGUUCUGUGUCAUCCUCAAGCUCUGCUGAAGAUGUACCUGAUACCAGAACUUCCUGUCAUAGUAGUGAACUAAAAAGUGACAAACCAGAAAAUAGCACAAGUGGUGUAGAUAAAAAGAAAAGAAAUGGAAAAAAAGAUAAGACAGAAAGAAGCAAAAGUCAAAAAGUUAAACACAAAUUAAAGAAUCUCAUAAACAAUACAGAAGAAAAGAAAAAACAAACUCCCAGUACAGAAGAAAAAGAAAACAUAACUCCAGAACAUAGCAUAAAAUCAGUUGAAAAUAAAUAUCAAGAUCCAAAUGCAUCACUUGUCAAAGGAACAAUAGCUGAUGGGGACUCACCAAGGCUUCCAAAGUGGACUAGAUCAGAAAAUGACAUGAUGUAUAGAACAAUUGUAAGAGAAACAGAAACCCAGUCACAUGAUGAAGCAAGUGAUGAUGCCUCCCAAACUGUUCCAGAAACCCAGUCACAUGAUGAAGCAAGUGAUGAUGUCUUACAAACUGUUUCAAAAACCCAGAAUCAAUUGAUUACAAGCGUCAACCUUUCCACUGAGGACAGACACACUGACAAGAUGCAACGAGAGGAGAAUGAAGCAACUCACAGAAAACAAAAUGAACCAGUCCAAGAGGAAGAGAAUGAUAAAAUAAGAGGAAAGCAGAAUCAAGAAGUUCAAGAGAAAACCAAGUCAAAGGAGCAACAUUGUGAUGAAACAGAUGUAGGAAAACAGACACAAUCAGCUCAAGGAGAAAGAAAAUCAGAGGAACAAGUGCUCAAUAGUACUGGUCAAAGAAAACAAAAGGGAGUAAGUUCAAACAGUUUGGAAAUUGAUGCAAGUCGUGUCUGCAAUCAAGAAUAUUCCCAGAGCUCCAUUGAUACCCUAACAGCAGGCCAGAGAGAGAGGGAGUGCACCUCCUCCCCUGAGGAACCUGUACCAUCGAGUCCAUGUGGCCAAGGAUUCUUUGUGACACAAGAGAGUAAAUCUGGUGAGCCUUUGCUGUCACCAGAUGGCAAAGAGUCUGGGAGUCAGAAACCAGGACAUGAGGACUUGAACAUUGAUGAGUUGAAAGAACUGGAUCUGGUAGAUCUGGACCAUUAUCUGCUCAGAGAACAGAAAGAGCAGUAUUACUGUGAGUCCAUUAAAGAUGAAGAAAAUUCCUUAGAGGUGCAUAGCUGGCAUUCGGACAAAACUCCAGGUGGUUUAUUGGAAUCAGUUUCAGUGGCCCAAGGCCACAAGGAGUCGUGCAGACCCACAGCCUGUGUCACUGAAGAAGAAGCAUCAGUCAAAGAUGAAGAAGGAUGUGAUUCAAUAACAGAAGUACAGGACUUUGAGAAAUGCUCAGGAUCAAAUCAUAAAUCACCUCAAAAGUUAUUAGAGAAGUCUGUCCCAAAAGAAGACAGUGAAGGCAGUAAGGCAUUACCUAAAAAGUCAUGGCCUUCUAAGUCUAAGCUGCAGACUCCUUCCACCAAACACCCUAUCAUGCCUUGGUGUAUGCUGCAUGUGGAGGAUCUGCCAACUCCCUCAAUGCUAGAUAUUGUCAAACACUCAGACACCAGCACUCCCAACACACGAGGAAAGCAAAGGCAAGGACGAUCAGGCAUGUGCAGUUCUGUUACUGGCACCCUAAAAGACACAAGGAUCACUAGAAGACGUUCCUGUGUGCCCCAUUACCUUGCAUCAUGGCUUGAAGGCUUGCCCCUCCCAGACACUGACAACAGCACUCCCAAUGGGAAGAGCAAGGACAGUGAUGCUCAUGAGGCAAGAUUAAAAAUUCCAGAUGCUGUGCUAUCCAGUACUUCACCAAAAAAGAAAACACUAAGAGAAAGCAAGAACUCAUUGAUAAACUCUGGGAUGGAAAAUUCUGAUUCUAUGCUGUCUGAUGCAUCAACAAUAAAAACAGAGAAUUCAUCUAAGAAAAGAAAGAAAAAUAUUUUGGCAUGUACAGAUGAAGGAAUGACAGAUUUGAAAGGUUUGGAAGACAGCAUAUCACAGUGUGGCAAAGACGGAGAAGCCAGUGCUGAACCUGCAACACAGACAUCAGUGCCCACAGCGGAAGAGUUUGUUACAAUUAAUAACAAACAGGAGUGUGAAACAAGGAAUGAUAUGUGUGUGUCUGUUACUGAUGGAAUGGAUGAUCUUUCCAUUCUCAGAGACGCAGAGGUUAGCUUGGAAGCAUCGCCGGAGAAGAACACUUCAUCCCUGAUUGAAACUGACAAUAAUGGUUUGGAAAAUGAUGGUGAACAGUGUGUGGAACAAGAUACUCAAAGUGGUACAAACACAGAUAGACUGAAGGGUCUUCCAUCCAAUUAUGAAGACCAAGUGGAUGGUUUGGAGAUUAGUGAGAAUGUUUUGAAGGAUAAUAAUCAUCACUCUGUGGGAGAUUUUCAAUGUGCCACUCAAGCUGACUGGUUGAAGGAUCUGCCACUCAUUAAUGUUAGUGAAGUGACUGCUUUAGUAACAUCACCUGACAGAAAUGAUACAUCCAAAACAAAUGAACAAUGUUCAAGAAAAAGAAAGAGCAGCCUUAGAGUCCUAGAAAUGGAUUGGAUUAAAGAUUUGCCAAUCAGUAAUGAAAAUAGACAGUCUAAUACAGAAACCUCAUUGGAAAGAGACAUCUCAUCAGCACCUAAAGCCAAGGAUCCCACACAGGCAACCACGAAGCAGAAUAAGAAGAGGAAGAGUGAAAGACAAAAAAUUAAGUGGUCUUUCAAUCUCCCUCUUGAUAUCAAGAACAAAAGACGAAAAUCCAUAAUGAAAUGGACAGAAGAUCUCCCUCUUGAUAUCGACGACAGAAGACAAGAAUCCGUAAUGAAAUGGUUAGAAGAUCUCCCUCUUGAUAUCGAGAACAAAAGACGAGAAUCAGUAAUGAAAUGGACUGAAGAUCUCCCUCUUGACAUUGAGAAAACACCAGCUUGCUUACAGAAAUCACUUCAUGAACACAACACAUCACGGGUGGACAAGACAGCUUUAAGUACCAAUCAGUGUGUGGAUGAGGAAAAUAAUGAAGAUAAAAGUGUGACAAGUCCACCAUGCGUGAAUGACUUAACCGACAAUAGUAAACAAGAGGAAGAGACUCAUGGGACAUCAUCUCAUUCAAUAAACAAAAUUGAUCAGGAGAGUGAAGCUCCAUCAAGGAGACUCACAAGAGCAUACUGGAAUUCAGCCAUAGACUCAGAAACGGACAUCAUUGGUGAGAGACAGAAAUCAGACAGCAUAAAGGAGGGUGACAGUGUUCAGGAAGUUAAUAAAAGUUCAGAUGAAAGUCCAAGAAACAAUAAGGUAACAGAUUCUAAUCCUAAUAGAACUCUGGAGGAAAGUGUCAAAGAUGGUGACUGUGAGAAAGGCAAUAGAGACCUUAAGGAAGAGAGAGAUAAAAGAAACACAAACCAAGAGGAGAGCGAGAGAGGGAGUAGAGGCGGUAACCAAAGAAGCAAUGGACAUAAGGAGUGUGAGGUAGAGACUACUUGUUAUGAUGCUAAUGAAGACAUGACAGAUGGAUUGAAAAGAAAAACGG